GAUUUUAAGCUUGGAAGAGGAAGUCCUGGAAAAAACAAGUAGCAGAUAAUAUGACGGUGAUAUUGCGAGCAGCGAGUUCGCUAACCACCGUCACAUCAGAAGCCACGAGUACCGGAAAUGGCGCACCGCCACCACCUAAUCGGAACCUUCCGCCGCCGCCGUCGCCGGCGAGGCGACUCCUCUCAAUUUCGAAGCGUUCGUGGCUCGUUAGAACUGAGUCGAAUGUUCGGAGAGAAAGCAUAGCAAAGCCAGAUCCGCCUUGCGUUGUAUGUAGAGGAAGCGGUAGAGUCGAUUGCCACAACUGCAACGGAAGAGGAAGGACAAAUCACGUCGAAUUGGCAGUGCUUCCAAAAGGAGAGUGGCCAAAAUGGUGCAAGAGUUGUGGUGGAAGCGGGCUCGGAUACUGUGACCGGUGUAUUGGAACAGGGGAAUACAGAUAUAUAAUGGGGUUCAAAUUCAUGAAGAAGGAUACCGAUUUACUGCAAGAUAAUCAGAUAUAUAAAGUUCUUGAUCUCAAGGGUUCACAAUCGUUUACCGAGCUACUGCUGAACGACGACGACCAAUCAGAUUUAGGGAGUGAAAGCUGAAAUCUGAUUGAUUUGUAGAUGUUUGUAUAAGUUUGUUUGUUUAAAGGGAAAAUUAAAAGCAAUCCUCUGCAAAUAGUGUUAAUGGAAUUGUCGAAACACUGGCUAAUCAAUAUUUUUGUAACAAUUUUGUUUAGUAUUU